CAAGAAAUCUUCGGUUUGUGUAAACGUUUCGGACGGAUGAUUGCGGUUGUGCAAAGUGAAGAAUAUAUUGCAGAAGAAAAAGAAAGGAAAGCUAUGCAUUUUAUUACUUUCAAGUGAGGAAAUCCGCAGUUCUUACGAUUGCAAAAUUGCUUUGUUCGCAAUUUUUCGUUCAUUUUUUUGAAGAAUUGAAGUGGAGGAGCGGAAGCGCGGCUCGGCAACGGUCAAAAAGUCGCCAAAAGGCAAAAGCCAAAGCGAGUUUUACGUAAAGUACGCAAAUACAUAUGCGUCUAUUUACAGUCAUAUAUACAUGUAUAAACAUACAUACAUAUAUACUCACGUCGUGAAUAUAAACAACAAAUUCGGUAUAUAUUUUAGUCGCAUUUCGGCGAUUUUCUGCUUUAAUCGAGUUUUCUGGUGCCAAAUGCCAUUGCUGUACGACGUCGUAGGCCGCCAGUUUCGCAUUGCAGCAGCACUCGUACAUACACACAAACAAACGUAAAAGUGAGUGAGAUAUUUGAUAUACCGGAUGUCUCGAAGAUCGCGCGAUUGUAAUCAGAAAAUAUUUGGAUAAAAGCAUUGAAGCCAGUUUGAACAGGAAAUUCGCAACGAAAUCCACUGUGAAGUCGGCAAAGUCGUGAGUGUGCAAAAUCAUUUGUAAGCUGGAAAAUGGGCACAAAGAUCGAGUACGUGGACACGACGCAUCUCUAUGCAACCAAAUACAUACGCAAUUCAAAAGCCAUAGCCGUACUUUGGGCGAUAUUCACAAUAUGCUAUGCAAUCAUCGGCAUCGUUGCCUUUGUGACGCCAGAAUGGGUUGGCGAUCCGGACAAUGAAAGUGCGGGACGCUUAGGUCUGUGGCAGGUGUGUCAGCGCGAUGAGAUAUUCGACAAUUGCAAGCGACGUUGGGAGACCAUACUUUCAGUGCCAACAUUCUCGUUCCAAUUGGCAACAUUCUUUAUGGUUGCGGCGGUGGCAUUGGCCUUGCUGACAAUCUGCUUCUUGGUAUUCUUGAUCUUCAUGAAGUCGACGAGAGUCUUUCACAUAUGCGGUUGGAUGCAAAUCAUAUCAGCGCUUUGCAUGAUUGUCGCCUGUGCCGCCUUUCCCUUCGGCUGGAACUCAGAUGAUUUUCGCAAAAUCUGCGGCCCUGAUGCGAAUCGUUUUGAACUUGGUCUCUGCGGCAUUCGCUGGGCCUAUCCUCUUGCCAUAAUCGGCUGUGUCGAUGGUGUGGUCCUGGCCACGCUCGCUUUCAUACUUGCCACGCGACAUGUUCGCUUACAACCUGAUCCCCUCUAUCAGAGCUCGCUCUACAAAGGCGAGAUUAACAACGCUUACAUUACAGACGCAGUCAGUUUGGCCGGCUCACGGAAAUCGCUGAAUCUACAGCCAAUUUUGCUGGUGGCGCCUCCGCACAAUAUGCCCGCCAACGGCGAUGACACGAUAUCACAAUUCUCUUCGCGCACACCCAACCAUCGAUAUCGACCCGACUACCCAAUGCAUCAGUUCUGAGGAGUCCCGUUGGUCUCGUGAUGAACAUAAUUUGUGCUGCCGACCUAUUUUGUGAUUUGUGAUCUUUCGUGUGUUUGAUAUUUUCUAUUUUCCUAUUUUGUGUGCUAAGGAUUUUCAUUUCCAUUUGACUUCCUAAAUGCAGGUUUUUGUGGACUGAAAGAAAGAAGUAAAAUCAAAACCUUGUAAUGAAAGUUGUGUCGCACUCGACGGCUACCUGUAUAUAACUACGGUAAAUAGGAAUGUAAUUUUAUUGUAUGUAUUUUUAAUUUGUAAAAUGUACAAUAGAAAAUAAGCGUAAUCCUAAAUAAAUUAUUGUCUUUAUCUGUGCGAAUGAAAAACUU